CUGUGGCAGCCAUUGUUUUAACUGAAUGCAUUCUGCUCAAAAUAUAGAAAUUGUGAAAGGACACCUGUCUUAUAUGGUUGGGAUGUAAUAACUUCUUGGUGAAUUUUUGGAUGAAGCCAUUACGUUAAUCGCUUGCCAUCAUGAGCAGAAGUAAGCGUGACAGCAAUUUUUAUAGUGUAGAGAUUGGAGAUUCUACAUUCACAGUCCUGAAACGAUAUCAGAAUUUAAAACCUAUAGGCUCAGGAGCUCAAGGAAUAGUAUGUGCAGCUUAUGAUGCCAUUCUUGAAAGAAAUGUUGCAAUCAAGAAGCUAAGCCGGCCAUUUCAGAAUCAAACCCAUGCUAAGCGGGCUUACAGAGAGCUGGUUCUUAUGAAAUGUGUUAAUCACAAAAAUAUAAUUGGCCUUUUGAAUGUUUUCACACCACAGAAAUCACUAGAAGAAUUUCAAGAUGUUUACAUAGUCAUGGAGCUCAUGGAUGCAAAUCUUUGCCAAGUGAUUCAGAUGGAACUAGAUCAUGAAAGAAUGUCCUACCUUCUCUAUCAGAUGCUGUGUGGAAUCAAGCACCUUCACUCCGCUGGAAUUAUUCAUCGGGACUUAAAGCCCAGUAAUAUAGUAGUAAAAUCAGACUGCACUUUGAAGAUUCUUGACUUUGGACUGGCCAGGACUGCAGGAACUAGUUUCAUGAUGACACCCUACGUAGUGACGCGCUACUACAGAGCACCUGAAGUCAUCCUAGGGAUGGGCUACAAAGAAAACGUGGAUUUAUGGUCUGUGGGGUGCAUUAUGGGAGAAAUGGUUUGCCACAAAAUCCUCUUUCCAGGAAGGGACUAUAUUGAUCAGUGGAAUAAAGUUAUUGAACAGCUUGGAACACCAUGUCCUGAAUUCAUGAAGAAACUACAACCAACAGUAAGGACUUACGUUGAAAACAGACCUAAAUAUGCUGGAUAUAGCUUUGAGAAACUCUUCCCCGAUGUGCUUUUCCCUGCUGACUCAGAACACAACAAACUUAAAGCCAGUCAGGCGAGGGAUUUAUUAUCCAAAAUGCUGGUGAUUGACGCAUCCAAAAGGAUCUCUGUGGACGAAGCUCUCCAGCACCCAUACAUCAACGUCUGGUAUGACCCUUCCGAGGCGGAGGCUCCACCACCCAAGAUACCUGACAAGCAGUUAGAUGAACGGGAACAUACAAUAGAAGAGUGGAAAGAAUUGAUAUACAAGGAAGUUAUGGACUUGGAAGAGAGAACCAAGAAUGGAGUUAUACGGGGGCAGCCCUCUCCUUUAGCACAGGUGCAGCAGUGAUCAAUGGCUCUCAGCAUCCAUCGUCAUCGCCGUCUGUCAACGACGUAUCUUCAAUGUCCACAGAUCCAACUUUGGCCUCGGAUACCGACAGCAGCCUAGAAGCAUCAGCUGGACCUCUGGGCUGCUGUAGAUGACUACUUGGGCCUGGGGGGUGGGAGGGGAGGGAUGGGGACUCGUUUAGUCAUUGAUAGAACUACUUUGAGAACUAAGUCAGUGGUCUUAUUUUGAGUAAUUUUCCAAAAAUGUAGAAUUCAUUUUGUAGUAAAGUAGUUUAUUUUUUAAAAUUUCAAGUGAUGUAAUUUAAAACUUAAGUUGUUUUAAAACAGCAACAAAACUGUAUUGUAUUUUUGCUGUAAUUAACUGUAUAAUGUAAACCUAAUUAUUUUAUCAUGGUUUAAAUUUUUGCAUAUUUGCUUUAUCUUAUGCUGCUGAUUUUUUUACUGAAUUUGUAAGAUUUUGUUUAUCAAAGCAACUAUUAUGUGGUGAUUGGCCUAUAUCAUGAAUUAUUUAAGAUUUUUAUAGUUUUUUUUAAUUAGAAAUUAUUUCAAAUGUUUUGUUCAUGAUGCUAUCCUUCAGGGUUAUGUGCUUAUCAAUGAAAUAACCACAGAGGAGUGAGGGAAAGUAACCUGUAGCCAGUUAUAUUCAGGAAUAACUACUGUAAAUGAUGAACGUGUUAAAAAAAAAAAAAAACCUCCAAUAUUGCUACUUGCCAAUCCUAAUUUAGUUACAACUAUUGGUAGUAAUCCUACAUGAAUUUUGGCAAAAGCCCCAUCAUCUAAAUGGCAGAAGAACUCCGAGCAUGUUUUUGAAAGAUGCUGGGCAUCUACCACCACCCUUCUAUUCCCCCUACCCCUUACCCAACAGAAGUAAAGUGAAAAGAAUACGGUGUUUCCUGCAAGUCUGUGGCAUGCUCAAACCUCACCGUCACAUAAAGUCAAAAGGAUACUUCAUGAGUAAUACAUUUCAGUGCAGAUAAGCAGAUGGUUCACUUGUAGCUGUGAGCCUGCUCUUGCACACACUGAGCUGAGCUCCUCAGGCUGCAGGUCCAGUGGUGGAUGGUCUGGAGCUGGCCCUUCCUCUCUCGCAGCGGGGCCUUGGGCCUCUCGGUCUCCUGCUGGAGUGGCAGUCAGCUGAGCACCAGCCUGGUGAUUCUGGCCACGUGCUUCUACCUGUAGCAAAUCUGUCUCCACUGGCUGUCGGGAGGUUCCAGAGCCUCUUUAGGUUUCUGUAGGUGAGGUAUCCAAUGAGCAAUAUACCGUUCAUCUGAAAAUAGUAGCACACAGCCAUAUACAAGGUGUCAUUUCCCAAGGACCGUUUCUCCACACUGAGCAGAGCAGGCAUAAAUGGUGAUUAUUUAGUCAGAGACUUUCAUUGUUUAUAUCUGAUUUUCAGUAAAACUGCAAUGUGGAUGUUGAGUAGUGUAAGAAUGGUGCUGCUCCUGACAAGUGAUGUAACUGUUUACAUUUUAUAUCUGCAGAAUUAUUUCUUUACAACGAAAUUUUUCUUAAGUAAAAUGUCAUUGAAGUCUCAUCUCUGAAUGCAUUGUCUGUGAUGCCCCAGGACCUUUUGUCAUGUUUGGAACAAGAGGGAUUUCAUGUCAUGAACUAGGAAGUGCACACUUAGAUACGUGGCAAGGUUCUAGCAGAAAGCUCAUUGGAGUUAGUGACCAACAGGAGCAAGCACUGGUGCAGCGCAACACAGUGUCUCCAAGUUCGCCUGGCAUGUGAUUUGUAUAUUUAGUGCAAAAUUCCUUUGAGUGAUCAUUGUUACUGUGCAAUAUUUAGGACUCAAAUACAUUAACCUUUUUAUAUAAUUUGAAAUAGCAAGUUUGUUUUUGAUGGUUUAAAGUCAUGAUUUCCAGUCUCUUUAGAAGCUGUCAACCUUUGUAUCAGUCUCUUUAAUACUCAUACAACAUGGUGCAUUAAUUUCAUUUAGCAAAUUAGAGUUUUGAGACUAUAACACCCUGAUUUAUAGAAACAGGAUUGGAUGUGUGGAGACGUUUAAGCAUGAGUGUGUCCUUUGUGUAUACGAGUUUGACAGUUAACUAGCUCUGUUUUCUAGUAUAAACCAUUUCACUAUUGCACUUUAACAACUGACAUGCUUUCAGAAGUUCCCCAUAGUUUAGGUUUGAUUGCUAACAAGCCAUCUCUGUUGAUACAGAUGUUGGUUAAGCAAGAAAACCAGGUGGUGUUACUGUAUCAUUUGUUGUAAAUGCCAGCUCCCACUUGCCAACCAGCAUGUUUCAGUUGAUCCAGAGAAAAUGAACUCAUUAGUUAAUGGAGACAAAAAUGCUUAAAUUCUUUCUUGAAAACAAAGUCUGUUAAAUGUUGUGUGCCUAGGGUUUUAAAAUGCAGUAUCUAAAUAACAGCGUUCCCUCUUAAAUAUGUUAAGGUAAAGAUAUACAUGUUCGUUUUAUUUUUAAAACUUUUUGAAUCUUUAAAAUAUCUUAAACAUUUGUGUUUGUUUGUUUUUUUAACAGAAAUUACAAAUAAGAUUUCUUUCUGGCAGUACUUCAUGUAAAGCCACCUUACCUUAAACUUUGGUUUUUCCAUUUUAUACACUUGAUGUACUAUCUUCUUACUGUCAGAGUUAUUUUGACCAAGAUCUAUUACUCAACUUUAUAGGUUAGGAAAGAGACACUAAUUAUAAUUCUCUCUACAUAUUUCUUCCUGCUUACUAUUCUGUUACCCUCUAAUGUGUAUUGAUCGUUUGUAAAAUAAUGUUUGGGAUUGCUUACUUACACUACACAUACAUCGAGCAUCUCAGUCCGUUCCUACUGUGAGCUGAACAGUUCUCGCUUUGCCACGCACCCUCGGUGGCUGUGGCUCCUGACAGGCACUCUCCCAGCGGGGUAGAGGCACACGCAUCACACCAGACUUCCCCAGAGAAAUGCAGCUGCCACCCAGCCCCUGGCUGCCCAGAGAAGCGGGUGUGUGUAAAGCAGCCAGCUUCCCCCAUGCUCACCCUGCUGUGCUGCCCGAAAAGGUGACGGUGUCAGAGUGAAGUGGGUGGCAGGCCAGGGAGUUGCUCCGGGUCGCAGGCAGCAUGGGUCACACCAACCACUCGGUAUGGCCCAGGCAAAGCCUGCACAUACUGAGGUGAAAGCAUAGUCUGUGCUCAGAAAUACGGUUGUCGCUUGUGAGUGUCCAUUGGUCGCAUUAGCUGUAGAAUGACCGCAUGAAGCCCCAGGUCCCAGUAAACUCACGGAUAGAAGACAAACCACCAUCUUGUCAUUAGCAGCCUCUUCAAUGUCAACUCUGUCCUUUACUUGUUACUAUAGAGUGUUUCUACUCAUCUCUCUUAGGUUUUUUUCUGAAUCAGGGAAAACUGAUUUUCCUAAUAGCAAGAAAGAUGAAGGGGUAAAGGGCAUUGAAGCAGAAAUGUAUAGUUUGGGGUAUGAUUAGAAAACUCAUAAGGAAAACAAGUCCUAAUUAAUUUCAAACUAACUGCUCUUAGUUAAGUGCUCUUAGGAGAGUCUAGUAAGAGUAACACUUUUUGGUCAUUUCUGGUUUAGAUUCUCUUCAUUACUGAAUUUUAAGAACUAUUACCUGUGGAUUAGUUUUGCACAAUGUUUUAUUCUCACAAUAACGUACAAAUUAGGUUUGUAUUGAACUACCUCACACUAAUUUUCUAUGCUUUCCCAAGCCGUAGCCCUUGCUGUUAGCUCUUUACUGGGUGUGAGUAUAAGUGUGUGUGAAACACUUGAUAGUCAGUGUUGACACAAUACCAGUAAGUAUGUGAAAUACAUACCGGCAUCAGUAAGAGAGACUCCAUGUCAGACCUCCUGCUGUGUAGCUUCGGAAUUGUUAGGUGUGCUUGUUGGGCGUUAUUUCUGUCUGUUUUGCAAGUAGAAACCUGCUCCUGACAUCAGUCCAUCCUUUACAUUUUACAAAAGGACUAAGUCUAAACUUUAUGAAGAAAUAAAUUACUUUUGUAGGCCCGAUAUUUGGUAUAUUUUUGAGAAGCUCUUAAACUUUUAGCCGAAUGAUGAAUUUAAAUUGAACUAGCUGUCUACCUGAACUGUGACAUCUAUUUUCUCAUUACAGUUUAUCCUGUUCAGCAGGCGUUACCGCCUGAAACCCAGAUAUGGUAUCUGCCAUUUGCGUUUUCCCUGGACAACGCCACUCCUCGUUCCGCCCCCUGUUCCAUUCCCUCCUCUAGACAAACAAAAUGGGGCACUUUGUAGGGAAUGCUGAGAUCAUUGUGGUUUUUAUCAUUCAUGCCCUAGUCAUGAAACAUGCACCACUGGAUGUAGACAAUGUUAUCUAGUAUGUUCAUUGGUUACAAUAUUUUAAAUAAAAAAGAAAAAGUGGUAUGAA